AUGUCUCGCGUCAACCGCAGCGUAUCGUUCGACUAUCAGGAUUACAUGGACCAAUUCCCGGUGGCCGCCUCUGUUGAUGAUUUAUACCGCGGACGUGCAAGCGGGGGCUUUUUCGCGUCAACGAGCUUUUCAGACGAAUCGACAGGAGGAGAAGGUUCUUCAUCAUCGCGGACGAGUCCUCGGCGGGCCAGUAGCCCGCUCGCUUUUGGAAGUUUUGGACCGCGAAGCCCGCUAAUGUUUGCGUUCGACCCGAUGGACGAUGUGCCGGAGCACCACACUCCACCAGUACGGCGAAGCUCAAUUGCAGACGCUGAAGGAACCGCUGAGACCCCGCCGAUGAUGCCGACAUCAUCGCCCCCGGUCGCAACGGGCAAGUAUAUUCCUCGGUAUCUUCGCAACCGAAGCGCUGCCGAGCCGACGUCACCGCCACCUCUUCCAGUUGACUUGUCUCCACCGCCAGAGCCCGCACCUGCUCCCACUGCUGGUCGCUGGGUACCCCGGCACCAGAGAGAAGGUUUCGCGGAGAUGCAGCCCAUUGAGUCGUUCUCGAUUAACAGCCGCGAUUCAUUCCAUGAGACUUUUAACGAAGACAGCUCGAGCUACUCCACGGGUGACGACGUUCAUGGAGUGACGUCUUUACUAGGCGUUCGGUCGGCCAUGGAAGAUGUCUGCUGCUGUAUUCCAGACCUCAACGCACAUUUGAAGGAUGACGAGCCCCAUCAUCAGAAGCAGUCGUUUUACGCUUUGUUUGAUGGCCACAGCGGCGUCCGGGCUGCAACGUUUUCAAACCAGCGCCUGAUACCAUAUCUGACCGCCCAUGAAGCCUUCAUGACGGACACGCGCCUGGCAUUUGAGGAGUGUUUUGCACGCAUUGACAAGGAAUUCCUUGCGAAGGCUGAAGAAGAGAGUUUGGACGACGGCACUACUGCUGCUGUGGUGCUGAUUCGAGGAAACCGCUUAAUUACCGCAAACAUUGGAGACAGCAGAGCAGUUGUGAGUAUCGGUGGUCAAGCAUUGGACAUUAUCGAAGAGCAAACGCCCGGGCGAGAGGACGAGCGAAGGCGGAUCGAAGCCCAGGGAGGCUGGGUGAAGGAGGAGCGCGAACUGCAACUGUCCAAGCUGCACUCGAUGGAUCUGAGCGACCCGGAGAUCCAGCAGCGAGCAGAGCGCGUUGUCAAAUGGGUGACGAUUUACCGGGUGAACGGUGAGCUGGCUGUUUCUCGCGCUAUCGGUGACAUUGACUACAAGGGCGAGGCCCUGUCGAAGUAUGAGUACUGGGCUUUCCCUGAGGGCCACGACCGCGUGUUUCACGGCGAUUUGGUUAUCUCAAUUCCUGAGUGUCAGGAGAUCGAAAUCACGCCCGAGUUUGACUUCCUUAUCCUUGCGUGCGACGGUUUGUGGGACACAAUCAAGAGUAAGGAAGCGGUCAAGUAUGUCGCCGACAGGUUAAACGAAGGAUACUCUGCCAAGCAAGCAAGCCAGUCGCUGGCAAACUUGGCGAUUCGGUCGGGCUCGUCCGACAACGUGUCGGUCGUUAUUGUAUUGCUCAACACGGAGCAGAUGUCCAGCUCAAUAUAUGCGUUCUCAAGGCAGUAG